AUGGUUGGAACACGAUCUCAGGUGAACAAAAACGAUCCCGACGGUGAAGAAACCAUGGCGGUGGAGUGUGAAACGGAAGGAUCGAAAAGUUUGCUCACUCGCACAGAAGCGUUGGAGUAUGCGAUAGCGGAGCAGAAUCGUAAACUGGAUCAGUCGCUGGCCGAAAUGUUUCAGAUGAUUAAGAUGAUCCCAGCACAACAAGCUCCUUCGGGAUCGAAACCACAUGGAAAGGGUCCGGUGGAAGCUUCAUCAACACCAGAUUCGUAUGGCGAAAGUUAUGAACAAAACCGUGGAGGUGGGUUUCAGGGACCGGGUCAUUAUCACGGUGUUACGAGGUUGGGAAAAGUAGACUUCCCCAGGUUUGAUGGUGAAUGUUUCACUGGUUGGUUGAGUAAGGUGGACGACUACUUUGCUUUAGAUUUCACUCCUAAUGAAUCUAAGGUAAGGAUGGCUGCAAUGCACUUUGAUGGUCAUGCGGCGGUGUGGCAUCAGGCGUUGUCACAAACACCUCUGGGAAGAAAUGUGUUGCAUGAUUGGGGGUCGUAUAAGCUGUUGUUGAGGGAACGUUUUGCUGAUGUAUUGGAGGAUCCGAUUGCAGAGCUGAAACAUCUACAGGAGACUGAAGGAAUAGUAGAUUACCAGCAAAAGUUUGACCUGAUCAGAACGAGAGUUACACUGUCAGAGGAAUAUUUGGUAAGUGCUUUCCUUGCAGGGUUGAGGCUUGAUAUGCUGAUGCACAUCCGAAUGUUCCAGCCACAAUCGGUGCGUCAGUGUUUGGUUUUGGGAAGACUAUAUGAAAAGGCUCAUCCAAGGACUAAAGGACUGACUUCAGGGAGUUCACACAUCAAGACUUUUAAUGGAGGUAAUGCUUCCGUGAAUACUAAGUCCUACUCUCAGAAUCGAAAAGAGGUAACUCAGGAGCAAAGUAAGUUCACAUCUCCUAAGUCUGCUAGGAAAUUCUUAUCUCAAGAAGAGAUGAGUGAACGCAGGGUCUUUAUGAUUGAGGUGGAAGAAGAAGAAGAUACGGAAGGAGAGGAGGUUAUCAACUUGAAUGAUGAGCUUGAGGAGAAGGAUAUGCCCCAGGUUUCGAUAAGUGCAGUGGCAGGAAUUACAGAUUACCGCACACUGAAAGUUCGAGGAGUGCACAAGAAGAAAGUUCUAUUUGUCCUUCUAGACACGGGAUCCACACAUAAUUUCAUGGACCCUCGUACAGCGAAGCAGUUGGGAAUCACAGUGCAAACUGCAGGGAUAUCACGAGUAGCAGUAGCGGAUGGUAGCAGAUUGAAUGUGCAGGGGAAGGUUUCAGACUUUAAAUGGGAAUUUCAGGGUACCACCUUUCAAGAUAAAUUCAUGCUUAUUCCACUUGGUGGUUGUGAUGUGGUGUUGGGAGUUCAAUGGAAAAGGAUUCUCCUUCAUGGAAUCAAACAAGGGGCAGUGCGAACCAUGAAAGCAACUAAGUUUAAUAAAAAACAAGAGGAAGCAGUGCAGAUUUCAAUGAUAUGUGCUCAGGAAGUGAUUCAGUCAGAGGACAUUAUGCUAUAUGCGGUGGAGUUGAGUCAGCAGGAGAAUGCAAACAACUCUGCAGUUUUACAGUUGAAGAGUGAGUACACAGACAUUUUUGAGGAACCAACCGUACUACCACCCUUCCGGACGGAACACAACCACAAGAUUGUGCUCAAAACUGGUGCGGAUCCAAUCAAUCAACGACCGUACCGUUAUGCGACCUAUGAAAAGGAUGAAAUCGAUAAGAUUGUUAAAGAGCUGCUUUCAGCUGGAACCAUUCGUGUCAGCUCAAGUCCUUUCUCCUCUCCGGUGGUUUUAGUUAAGAAGAAAGAUGGAAGCUGGCGACUGUGUGUGGAUUACAGAGGCCUAAAUGGACUCACUAUCAAGAACCGGUUUCCAAUCCCUUUGAUAGAAGACUUGUUGGAUGAGUUAGGAGGGUCAGCUGUAUUCUCCAAAAUUGACUUACGUGCUGGCUACCACCAAGUGUGA